UCUCUUGCUCAGAGGUCCCCCCUCGUAAGUACUACUAUGUUAACAAAGCUCUGAACUGGAGUGAAGCUCAACAAUAUUGCAGAGAGAAAUACACCGACCUGGCUACAUUUAAGAGCAUGGAGGACUUGAAGAGAUCGACAGCCGACUUUUCCUACUCCUGGGCUUGGAUUGGUCUUCAUGAUGAUCCAGCAGCUUGGAAAACAUCCAUGGGAAAUGAGAGCAACUCCUGGAGAUGGUCAGCAACAGGAGAACACAGCAGAACUGGAUUCCAGUCUUGGGACAGUUACAGUCCAGAUUACUGGAAAGGAGAGGAAACAUGUGUAACAAUGGAUAGAAGGGGGCAGUGGAACGAUGAUAUCUGCGGUUCCUCCUACAGUUUUCUGUGCUUUAAUGUUACAGAUCAAAACAAUAAAAACUACAUUUUCAUCAAUCAAGCAAUGUCGUGGAGUUCUGCUCAGCAGUACUGCAGGACAAACUACAAGGACUUGGCGAUGAUCGAGAACCAGGAGGAAAACAUGGAGGCUCAAAAUGCUAAACCGUCCAGUUCUACCGUCUGGAUUGGUCUGUAUCGAGAACCCUGGACCUGGUCUGAUGGGAGCCUGAGCUCCUUCACAAACUGGGAACCCUCUGGAUUAAACAACGUCAACGAAAGCCAACACUGUGUUACUGAGAAUCCCCAGCAUCAAUGGGCCGAUGAAUUCUGUGACGUCCCAUGGGUUUUUGUCUGCCAUCAAGUUCCAAAGACAGAAAGGAAAACCACUUUGAGGUUGAAAUUCAACACUGAUGCUGACAUGACCGACCCAAAAGUCAAAGCCCAGAUCCUGGAGCAGCUUCAGUUGUUGCUGAGCAGUGGUGGAAGGACAGACAUCAAACUGCAGUGGAAGAUUGAACCCAAGAAAUAGAACGGAGAAUGCAACGUGUCUGUCUGGAUUCACAUAUUCAGUUGUUUUAUUCAUCAUCACAAAGAAUCUCAUAUAUCUCUCUCAAGUAUGAUAUUUUUUUCUUUGCUAGAUUAAGGCAUACCUAUAUUUGGGGGUUCCUCCGGGAUUUUCAAAUGAUCCAUAAGA